AUGAUUUUAGGCCGAUUUCAGCAAGAGCUUCUGACGAAAAUAUUCCAGAAUUCGAAGAGUUUCCGUGAUUUUAGAGUUAGUCGCCGGUAUGGUGCACAAGAACCCACGGUCAUUAGUCAUCUUCUAUUAAAGGCUGCAUGUUAUGCUCAAGGACCGAAAGAAGAAGCCGGGAAAAUUGUUCAAGUUGAAGGCAUUCAAUUUAAUACAGUUGGAUCGUUAGCUUUAAGCUUUCAAAAUAUAUUAAAGAUUGAUAACCUAAAUGCGUUCACCAAUCUGAAAAAACUACAAUUAAACAAUAACAUAAUAGAAAAGAUUGAAAAUUUGGAUGAUUUAGUCAAUCUUACUUGGUUAGACUUAUCCUUUAAUCGGAUUGCAAAAAUCGAGAACUUAAAUAAACUUACAAAACUAGAAGACUUGAGCUUGUUCAAUAAUCACAUUAAACUGAUUGAGGGAUUGGAUGAAAGCAGGAAUUUAAAACACUUUUCAAUUGGUAAUAAUCAAUCACUGAGCUUGAAAAUAUCGUUUACGAAUAAUCCAGACUACUUGUAUUACACAUGUGCAUUUGUAUCGCAGUUACAGUACUUGGAUUACAAGAAAGUUUCACAAAGAGUGUUUGAAGAGGCCUAUCUCAAAUACCAGCUGAAAGUGGAUCAGUUACGAGAAACAGAAAAAGAGAGAAAAGCUCAAAAAAGCGAGUCGUACAAGAAACUGAAGACAGAAAAGGACAGAUUAUCUGAGUCAUGCCGUACAUUUUUUACUCAUGGAAUUGAAGAAUAUCAAAAGCGAAGUUCAGAGGAGCAGUCUUUUAGAGAAGUUAUUGGAGAAGUUAAGACUGCAGAUCGUGCUGAAGGCCUACGAUUAGUUCGACAAUUCUUUGAGUACAAAGUAAAAAUAUUAGAUAAACUCAAGAAUACUCCGGAGAUACAAAAGGAAAUUAUAGAAGACACUAUGACUGGUUAUCGCAAACGAAUUCAUGAUUUAUGGGAGAAACUCAUGUCUAACGAAAUGAUCCUUGCCGAACAAAUCGAGGAUGUGGUGAAAGAAUUCGAAAGAAAUAUAAGAGAUAUGAUAGCAUACUUUAUUGAAUCAGCUCAACAUUACAUAAGCAAGUGUCGUGAAGCGGCUAAUGGUUUUCAUGAAUAUUUAACAGAGGCAACACUGCCUUUUGCUGAGCGAUUGGGUAAAGGUGAAUUGACGAAAACAGAUCAGGUUUUAUUUACAGACAGAGAUACAAUGAUUAAUAGUCUAGUUCGAUCAAAAGAUAACCAGUCCUUAAGAAUGGAUGAAUGUGAAGAAAGUUUAAUACGACGUGCUAAUGAAUGGUGUGAUAAAUUAGUUCAAACUAUCUACCAACAGGAAGUACUUGAACGUCAUAAGAAUAGAAUUACUGAAAUUAAUUUAUUCAUUGAUGCUCAACGAACUGAACUUGACUGUUAUGAUUUAGUUGCAAUCUAA